CACCCGUCCCACAUGAACGCUUCCUGUUGGAUUGGCGGUAUUGAAUGAAACGUCUUCGAAGUUUAUGGAAUUAUGAACUUUGCUUAAAAAAAUAUACCUGUGCUUAUGGAGAAAGAAGAGCUUUAUAAACAGCUAUUACUUAUGAAAAAGGAGUAUGCCCGGAAGAAAAAGAGACUUGAACUUGCAAUUCAAGCCAAGAAUUCUCAAGAAGUACCAUGGAGGAAAAAAAUAUCAACACAAUUAAAAACACACCCUGCCACCUGUGAAAUGGGAAAUAAAGAAUUCUGUGAUAAAAAAGAUAAAAUUAAUAGUUCCCAGGUUAAAAAGAUAAAUGAAAUUUGUGUUUCUGAGGACAGUUUAAAACUUUCAUGUAAAGCUAAAAAUUUACUGAACAUUCCUUUCAAUUCUUUUGAGCAAAAAACUGAUCCCAUUAAAACUGAAAUUACUUCUGAUUUCAAAACUAGUCUUCCUUUACCCACAAAGUCAUUUCAAAGAGUUGAAAGUGAUUGUCAGACAUCUGGGAAUUCUGAGUGUUCAUCUGUAUCUUUAAAUACCUCUAAAAUCUUAUUAAAAACUAGUAAUGACACUCAACAUAAAUGGAAAACAUGUUUAUCUAAUUCUUUUGCUUCUGGUGAAUCUACACAGAAAAUAACUCCUAGUGAAACAAUGAAACCACAAAUAACCAUUUCUACAAAUGUAAGGGAAAAUUCUGAUUUAGUAUGUUCCUCAAAACAAGUUAAUGAAGAAAGAUUGGCAGUUCCUUUAUUACAAGAAUCAUCAUAUAUUGAAAAACAAAAUAAAUUCAAACCUAAUCAACUUGAAACCGAUAACAGUUUAAAAAAUUCUAGUGAAAAUCCUUUUGACUCCAACCAUAUUUCAAAAUCUGAUGAGGAACUAAUUUCAAGUGAAGCAUUGUGUUGUGGUGAGGUCAAUAUUCCACUUAAGUGUCAGGAAGUAAGUAGUGGUUUACAGACUGGUAAUGACUGCAUAAAGAAUCCAACAGCUUUAUUGAAUCAGAAAGAGGUAAAUAAUGAUACAGACCCUUUCCAGAUAAGUAACUCUUCAGCUUCUCUCUUCAACUCGGAUCAGAAAAUUUCAUCCCAGUCUUUGCAAUGUUGUCACUUAAAUCAAAGUAGCGAGAAUCAGCCCAUUAAAAUAACGAGUAGUUUAUCUUCAGAUCAUACUAAAAACUCUGAUGCUAAAGAAGAGCAAACUGAGAUUCUGGAUAAACUAGAUGUAAAACAGUUUCAAAAAGAUCCUUUUUCUGUAUGUGAUUUUCAAACAAUCUGUGAUUUAAAAUUAACGAGAACUGAAAAGAUUCCUGAUAACAAUGAAGUUGUUAGUCUUUUGAACACAAGUUGCAGUGUUUCCAUUCAUAGAGACUUUACUGUAUGUGAGAAUUAUUUAGUAGGUGUCACCAAAUCUGAAAUUCUAUUCUGGACGUAUACUAAAAAUGAAGACUGGCACAUAAUUUAUCAAUGGAAAGUUUCUGAUUAUCUCAAGGAAUGUUCCACUGCAAGUCUUCAUCCUUAUGACAGUGCUGUGUGUGUUGCUGUUCUAGGGUUGAAGGCUCAAAUGCAUCACAGUCUAAUACUUUCUACAUUCCAAGGCCUCAGUAAAAGAAGCAUUUCUGUAGUAGUUACAUCGGUUGUCUCCCUUCCAACCAAUCAAAUAAUCUACUGCUCUCUGAACAGCUUUGAGCUUGCUGUAGCUUCAUCAAACAACGAGAAUACAAAAAUCUCUAAAAUAUAUCUUUUGGAAGAUUUUACUGCUGUCAAAGAAGAACAAAGUUUAGAAUCUACUUCUGAAAAACUUCUCUCAUUAGCUACUAUUCAAAGAUUGCCUGCUGGUCUUAUUGGACUAACAGUUACCAAUGUUUUAUUGAUAUGGAACCAUACCACAAACUUGUUAUUGAUAAAAGUACCUUUGACUGAUAUCAACGAAAAUUGUUGUAAUAUACCAACAGCUAUGAAUUUGGAAGGUCAUGUAAUAUUUCCAGUAUUAUUUAAAGAGGGCUUGCAACUAGGAAGCUUUGUUGCUUUGAAUCCAACAACAUCGACGGUCAUCAAACUACUUUCAUAUGAAAAGAUUCCACACUUCAAUACAAGCUUGAAAAUGACGUCAGCUCAUGUAUUUGACAAAACAUUUGUGUCAUUUAAUGAAAAUAUCCUUGGACUUUGGGACCUGUUCUCUGGUUAUUUAAUGGCAUCUAUUUAUUGUUCUAAUAUUUCUAGCGUCACAGUUUUCCAUUCUGUCAAUCAAUUAUGGCUUAUAACAAGUCAGAAAGGAGGAUGCAUACACUGGUAUAGCUCAUAGCACACUUUGACAAUGUUUUAAGACAUAAGUGUCUGGUAUAUGAUAUUGCAAACUUUCUUUCUUUAUCAAGAAAGAAAG